CGUCAUAAACACGAUUGCGCACGUUCUUUGCGCAGUUGCUGAAAUCUUGGCCGGUGUCAUUAAAAUUUUGUGCUCGUAAAUAAUCUCCAAUCCCACAAUGCCUGUAUUCCCACAAUACCUCACAGCCGAUCAGGAGGCAGAACUUGCCCGUAUCGCCAACGCUAUCGUUGCCCCCGGGAAAGGUAUUCUAGCCGCUGAUGAGUCUACAGGAACUGUUGGCAAGAGGUUUGCCCAGAUUAAUGUUGAGAACAAUGAGAACAACCGACGUGCUUACAGACAGCUUCUGUUCACUGCGGCACAGGAAGAUGUUAACAAACAUAUUAGUGGAGUGAUUCUUUUCCAUGAAACUCUCUACCAGAAGACUGAUGAUGGCACUCCUUUCCCUCAAGUAUUGAAAGCUAAGGGCAUCAUCCCCGGCAUCAAGGUCGACAAGGGUGUUGUUCCUCUCGCUGGUACUGACGGUGAAAGCACCACACAGGGUCUUGAUGGCCUAGCAGAGAGAUGUGCACAAUAUAAAAAAGAUGGCUGUGACUUUGCCAAGUGGAGAUGCGUAUUGAAGAUCAGCUCCCAUACCCCGUCAUACCAGUCAAUGAUGGAGAAUGCAAAUGUUCUUGCACGUUACGCCAGUAUUUGCCAACAGAAUGGAUUGGUACCCAUUGUUGAACCAGAAGUAUUGCCCGAUGGAGAUCACGAUUUAUUAACUGCACAGAAAGUCACUGAACAGGUGCUGGCAUUCACAUACAAAGCUCUAGCUGAUCACCACGUGUACCUAGAGGGAACCUUGUUGAAACCUAACAUGGUGACAGCGGGGCAAGCUUGUGCCAAACGCUAUACUCCCCAGGAGAACUCCCAGGCAACAGUCACUGCACUCCAGAGGACGGUCCCAGCUGCCGUUCCAGGUAUCACCUUCUUGUCUGGUGGUCAAUCAGAAGAAGAUGCCUCCGUCAAUCUAAAUGAGAUCAAUAAAACCCCUGGUCGCAAACCAUGGGCUCUUACCUUCAGCUUCGGCCGUGCCCUUCAAGCCUCCGUACUCAGAGCAUGGGGAGGAAAGGCAGAGAAUGUAAAAGCAGCCCAGGAUGAGCUUGCCAAGAGAGCCAAGGCAAAUGGACUAGCUGCUUUGGGGCAGUACAGUGGUGGAUUAGAAGGUGCAGCGGCUGGCGCAUCACUCUUUGUUGCUGACCACAAAUAUUAAUACGCCAGUCUUUGUAAAUAGUUCCAUGUAUGCAGUACAGAGAUAAACAAUAAUAUAAGUCAAAACCUACAAGAAUAUUAAUAUACAUGUUUUAGUGAGGAUUGGAUUAUUAUACAUACGCACGCUUGAAAAUACUGGAAGUUUUAAGACAUUGGAUUGACGUCCUUUAUCUACUUUUUAUUCAUUACAUUGGAUCAUUGUAGACUAGUACAUCUGUGAUAUUUCAUUAAAAGAAUUGCCAUCGUUUAUCAUGUUAUUUGAUAUUGAAUUAGAAAAAUUACUUUUUACAGUCGCAAUGAGUUUGGUGGGUGUACAAUUAUUUUAUUUGUAUUAAAUUGUGUAGAAAUUGUGAUUAGAAUAUCAUUGUGCAUCAUUUUGACCUUGAACUGAAAGGUCAUUUAAAAUAAGUCAUGGUGUCAAGUUCAAGGUCAUAUAUUUACCAAAUAGUGGUGAUUGAAAUGUGGGAUGUUAUGAAUAAAUAUGAAAUAAACAUACAAACAAUACCACAAAAAUA